AUUCUAGGUUUUCUCACUCUAGAGUUCCGGAAGAGGGACGUACCUGCUCAGGGAGGUGCAGGCUGGGAAGGGGAGAUCUCCCCAGUGCCGUGGUGGAGGCUUAGCCAGCAAAACCUAGUGGGCAGCCAAGAGUUGGGGUAGAUUGGCGUCUGUGCAGAGGGGUCAGCUGACAGGCAUGCUGUGUGGCACGUAGCCAGGAAUUUCGGAUUCUUUUACCCCCAAGAACCUUCCUGGGGUUCAGUGGUCUUCACCACCUGCUCCAGCGUGUGGGCUCUGCCUCCCCUGCAGGGUGUCUUGGGGGAUGGCUGGGCUGGAUUCCGAAAUCUGGUCUCUGGAAAAUUCCUAGGCCUGAUUCCAGCCUCACUGAGGCCUGCUAAUCCCUCCCCAUUCAUUGUGUUAUGUAACAUUUGGGGAUUAAUACCGAGGUGGCCAGAGGCUGUAGCCCAAAUUCAAACACAGCACUGUCCCUUCCUGGCUGGGUAAGCAACCUAACCUCCCUGGGCCUCAGUGUACUCACCUGUAAAAUGGGGAUGGGCCACUUUCUGUAUUUCCAGGCUGAUGUAAUGGUGAGAUGGGAGAAGGCAUGGGAAGUGCUUAGAACAGAAGCUGAGCCCGGAGCUCAGAGAUGCCCUCACAGGACCUGAGCCUGCCCACUUGACUGCCUCUCCCUGUCAGCCUCUGCUGGGAAUCAUAAAUCCCAGUGUGCAUCCAUUGGUCCCUAAAUCCUGUCCCUUAUCACUGUAAAGUGUCCUUCAUAGAUGGCACCUUCCAACAAGGAGCCAUUCCCCUCUGGGUCCCUGCCCCCGGCCUCACUCCCCCUCUGCACCAGCCUCAGCCCCAGAGAUCCCCAACUUCUUUCUCAGCCUCUGAAUCCUGCUGUGUCGCCCAUUGCCCAGGUAGUCAAGCCCCAUGGUGUCAUGGGGGAGCCGGAGACUCACCCGCAGAAAAGAUCGAGUCACAGACAUUCAGAACUAGACCCAUUCUCCAGCGCACUCGGGGGAGAGCCCACCAAACCCCAGCGCCACCCACCUUUCCUGGGGAGGCCUCCGAAAGAAUGAGAAUUCCUUCGAGAGUCAGUUUCUGGCCCAGUGGUUCAGUGAAACUGCGCGUUGACAGUUCGCAGCUUGGCGGGAGGCACAGGAUUGAAAGAGCCAGGUUGAGCGCAGUGGGUUGGCGCGCGGGGUGCAAACGCUGCUAGUGGGGCAUCCACGCACUCCCACGCGCUCCCCACGCAUCCGCCCCCUCCCAUUGCGGACCAGCCCCCAAGCUUCGGGACUCCGCCCUCCCCCCCUUUCCCCCUCAGCCAAUGAGACGCGCCCCGGGCAGCGCUGUUCCCAGAGCUGCCGCACGGAACUGCGCUGCGCUGUGGUAGUGGGUGGUAGUGGGAGGCUGCGCCAGUGUCCGCGCCCUGCUCCCCGCAGGCCCCCGCCGGGAAUGGAGCCCAGGUCCCGGCGGCGGGGCAGUUGCCGCCCGCUGGUCUCCCCUUUUCUGCGCGACCCGGCCUCCGGUCGCGUCUACAAGCGCGGGAAACUGAUCGGCAAGGGUGCCUUCAGCCGCUGCUAUAAGCUGACUGACUUGUCUACAAGCAGCGUGUUUGCUCUCAAGGUGGUGCCGCGUCGUGGGGCCGGAGCUGGGGGUCUGCGCCCCUGUGGGAAGGUGGAGCGAGAGAUUGCCCUGCACAGCCGCCUGCGACACCACAACAUCGUGGCCUUCCAUGGGCACUUUGCUGACCGUGACCACGUGUACAUGGUGUUGGAGUACUGCAGCCGCCAGUCUCUGGCCCACGUGCUGGAGGCACGGCGGACUCUGACAGAGCCUGAGGUACGCUACUACCUGCGGGGCCUGGUCAGCGGCCUGCGCUACCUGCACCAGCAGCAUAUCGUGCACCGAGACCUAAAGCUCAGUAACUUUUUCCUGAAGAAGAACAUGGAGGUGAAGAUCGGGGACCUGGGGCUGGCUGCCAAGGUGGGGCCAGGGGGCCGAUGCCACAGGGUGCUCUGUGGGACUCCAAACUUCCUGGCCCCAGAGGUUGUCUCCAGGAACGGGCACUCCUGUCAGUCAGACAUCUGGGCUUUGGGCUGUGUCACGUACCUGGUUCUGACUGGCUCCCCUCCCUUCAUGGCGGCUCCCCUGUCAGAGAUGUAUGAAAAUAUCCUAGCCAGCCGUUAUCCUGAGCCUACCCACCUGUCACCCAAUGCCUGUCGUCUCAUUGCGCGCCUGCUGGCACCCAACCCAGCUGAGCGGCCCAGCCUGGACCACCUACUGCAGGACGACUUCUUCACACAGGGCUUCACUCCAGACCGGCUGCCACCCCACUCCUGCCACAGCCCACCCAUCUUUGCCAUUCCCCAGCCUCUGGGCAGGCUUUUCCAGAAGGUGGGCCAGCUGCUGCUGAGCCAGUGCCAGCUACCCUGCCCCCAUACUCCCAAUGAGGCCUCGUGUCCAGGAGAAGAUGGUUCAGACCCUGACUUCAUGGAGUUGGGCAUUGAGGCUCCCCUAUCAGAGAGAGGGGCUCCCCAGCCUGAGGUCUCAGUCUACCUACUCAACCAAGGGACCCUCCAGAGUGACCCAGCUGGGCCUGCGGGGAGCUCAGUGCAGGAGGUGGAAGAGGCCGUUAGAAACCUGCAGCUCUGCCUGGACCCUGGGCCUCCAGCCAUGCAGGGACCCCCAAGAGAACAGCGGUCCAUCCUCUGGGCCCCCAAGUGGGUGGAUUAUUCCAGCAAGUAUGGCUUUGGCUACCGACUGUCGGAUGGGAGCAGUGGUGUCCUGCUUCGGGAUGGCACCCACAUGGCCCUGCGCCCCCCAGGGGGCCAAGUCAGCUACAUGCCUGACCGAGGGAAGCUGGAAACAUUUGCCCUGAGGGACGUGCCCAGCCUGCUGGGUGCCAAGCUGGCCGUCUUGCGACUCUUUGCUGGCUAUAUGCAGCAGCGGCUGCAAGAGGAGGGGGGCCUGCCUGUGCCCACUGAGUCUGCUAGCCCCAGCCUCUGCCUGCUGCGCUUCCUUGUGUCCCAGCAGGCCCUGCUGCUGUUCUUCAGUGAUGGGACCCUGCAGGUCAGCUGCAGUGGAGACCAGGUUCAGCUGGUGCUGUGUGGUGGGGGCGAAGAGUUGCUGCUCACGGUCUGGGAACGGGGCCAGCCUCAUACCUCCUACACUCUGGGGAUGUUGCGGAGCCAUGGCUGUCCCCCAGCUGCUCGCCACCACCUGCUUCAUGCUCUCCGCAUGCUGCAGAGCAUCUAGCGCCCCCUAGGGUCAGACUGAACCUCUGCAUGUUGAUGCCAGGGACCCAGGCUCCAUUUCUGUUCCCCUUGCUCUAGAGGGGAUGUCCUUGGGGGUAGUUGGUGGGGAGCAUGCAGGUGCGUGGGAGGUGGGGGUUCUUGCCUCAUGGCGUGACUGUUCAACCCAGACUUUUGUUCAGCUUUCUUUUUUCUUCAUUAAAGAAAACGUGACCUGUAGCCUGCCAUC